UUGUUUUAAAACUCCACGUGCGAUGAUCGCAACUAUGAAACUCAAGAUAAUUUUAAUUUUAAUAUGUGUGGCGGAAUCGAAAAAAAAGUAUCCACGAAUCCAAGACGUGGUUUCUUUUUCCGAAAAAGGCAAUUUAAAUUUCAUCAACCGCUUAAUCAAAAAUAUGAAAUACUAUUUAAACAUGGAACAAUUCAGAAGCAACGAAGAGUUGUUCCGGCGUGAAAUCAGAGGUAACUUAGAGGAUCCAGUACUUCUAGAAGGAGAACCGUUUAAGAACAGACGCGUGGAGAUAUACAAAAAAUCUAAUGAAGAAUAUAUCAAAGCUACCAAACUGCAGUUCCGAACUAAAAUCGCAGACUCCAUGUUACAACUCGUUUACAUGGCUAGACAUUAUUUGAAACUAUUCGAAAGAACCCAGUACGUGGAUAAGAAUUCAAACGCCUACCGCAUCGGGGUGAUCGCUAAAAAACUGAUGAUGAUGUACAAGAAAUCGACUAGGAUUUUGGAGAUUAUGAAUAUAAGGCAGAAAAACGAGCAGUGGGUUAUUUUUGAAACUAGUGCGCCCGCGAUUACAUUGCACCAUAAGGUGGCUAAAAUGCACGUUGACUUUAUCUACUACUACGAAGUGCUUAAAAGGUUGCACACGAAGAUCAGGCAGGUAAGAAAAUUGCCUCGAGAGAAGCCUCCGAUUAAGAAAAACCCACAGAUUUGGUGA